CAAACCGACGACCAUAUUGCAAUCCGCCAACUUGCGAAAGCUCUACUUUGCGCCCCGCUAUGGCUUCCGACGACAUCGUCUGGAACAUCAUUGGCACUGACUUCUGUGCGUUCAAGCUUAAGACCACGAAGGACCAGACCUUCUGCAGAAACGAACACAACGUCAGCGGUUUCUGCUCCAGGCAGUCCUGUCCUUUGGCCAACUCGCGAUAUGCUACGAUUAGAAGCGAUCCCGCCACCGGCAACCUCUAUCUGUACAUCAAGGCCAUCGAGAGGAGCCAUCUGCCUUCCAAAUGGUGGGAACGCAUCAAGCUCCCGCGAAACUACACCCAGGCCCUUGAACUAGUAGACGAACACCUCAAAUACUACCCUAAAUUCCUUGUGCACAAGAACAAGCAGCGUUUAACCAGACUUACCCAAGUAAAUAUUCGAAUACGCAAGCUCGAAAAAGAGCAAGAGCGCUUGGGCGAGAAGCUCGUUCCGAGGUUAGCACCGAAAGUACGACGACGUGAAGAAGGGAGAGAAAGGAAGGCUCUUGCUGCCGCGAAGGUUGAGCGCGCUAUCGAGCGUGUGCUGAUCGAUCGUUUACGCUCUGGUGCAUAUGGAGAUAGGCCUUUGAAUGUGGAACCUAACGUGUGGAAGAAGGUUUUGCGAGGAUUAGAGAAGGAAGGUGCAACACGCGACGAGGACCUAGAUGAGGGUAUAGAAGAGGAGGACGAGGAAGUCGAGUACGAACAAGAACUCGAAAACGAGGGUGCAGAAGUCGAAUACGUGAGCGACAUUGAGGGAGAGUCGGACGAUGAUCUAGAGGACUUCGAGGAUUGGAUUGGAGGCCAAAGCCCGGAUGAAGAUGAGGAGAGUGGAGAGGAGGAGAGUGAGAGCGCUGCGGAUACCGAGGAAGGCGAGGACGAGUCCGAAGAUGAGGACGUGGAGGCUCUCAAGAAGACGCUCGCAAAUCUGAAGCGCAAGCGACCGACCGGGCCACCCCCCAAGCCGAAGAAGAAACCCACCAAGAAGGACUCGAAGGGGCCACGUCGCGAGAUCGAAUACGAGAUCGAGAGGGAACCCGCUGCAAGGGAGGUUCUGCGGACGUAAAGAGCUUGAGGAUUUCGCAUGACUCUGGUAUUAGCUAUUGGAGAGAUUCAGCAGAAUACCAUUUGGUUCCACAUGCAAAAGUUUUCCGGGAUAGGUGAAGGUAUUCAUACGGUUUUCGGUGUUUUCGUAUCCAUCAUC